AUGCUGGAUUGUAGUUGUGUGCUUGUUUCCUAUCUCCUGAUGAUGACCCUGUUCCACUGCAGUGCCGAAAGCCUUCGCCUGACCGAGGAGAGACCAGAGUCUGUUCUAAUGGAGCACCAUGGGGAUCAGUUAGGAGCGGAUGCGCAGAAGGGCUCAGGGUCAGUCAAGAACAAACUACUGUUCCUGAACCAGUUGUUCCAUGUGGAGAAUGACGUCAUCGAGACCAAGAGAAAGAGGAGCUUUCCUGGGUCCAGCAUCCCGCUUGACCGUCUCUCCAUCAGCAGCAUGGACCCCAAGAGCAACAAACAGAGAAAAGUUGAGUUGCCCAGAAGAAGAGUCACGAUUCCGAUUGACCGGAUUGGAGUGGGACGUCUGCCCAACAGCCGGGGAUAAACUCCAUGUUUGGCCACAUCCCCAUAUACAGGGGGGUGGUAUACAUGUAGAAGAUGCAUGAAAAGGACGAUUUCCCACAGAUGUAGUCAUCUCGCAGUCCUCAUUCAAAACCUCUUUAUAUGUAGCCUAAGCUUUACCUUACAUCACAUUAAGUCUUCUGCCCAUAUCUUUAUGAGCUCUGACCUGACCUGAUGCACACACGUUUUGGUCUAAACCUAGUUCUUUUUUCAACAUCAUAGGUUGUGCAACUGUCCAGUGGUCUGUCAGCUUCUUUAGAACAUCACAUAACCAUCUUUUGUUUUAUUAUAUUGCUGUGAGCUCACCUUCAGCCCACAGCCAGUAUACAUCUACUACAUGACACAUUAUCUUAAGGUUGUUAAGCAGCAAGCGUCUUGACCUCUUGUCUUAUGUAUUCUUUAUCUCUUUGGGAGAAAUUAGACUAUUGUGCUGUAGUAUUUAUCCCCCAGAGAAAACACACACACACACACACACACACACACACACACACACACACACAC